AUGGAAGAGGCCAUCAGGGAAGAGUUCGGCGAAGACCUCGUUGUACGACCAGAAUUCCGAGUCAUUAAUGACUUGCUUCAGGAUCCCGAUGUUUCACCCACUGAGGCAGUCCAACGGCUUCUUCGGGUACGCGAGAACCUACACCAUGGACAAGAACCCCCAUCUGAAAUCGAUGGCAACCACACAUGGUUCACCAUGCUCGUGCUCGUAGAGAUCAUAAAUCUCACACCACCUGCAAAACAACGCAAGCUCGUUGAAUUCAUUGCUGAGCUUCAACGUGUUGACCUUACCGAUCCUUCUACCGGCCAGUCGCCCACGGCGAUCGAGCUGAAACUAUGGACGGAGCUUCCAUACCUCGAAUUAUACUUGGCUGAUAUGUAUGGGUUCAGAUUCAAGGCUGAAUAUGCCCGGCAGGUCGAUGAGGAUCCCCAGACGGAGUAUCCUCCAAGCAAGCUUCAGGAGUGGGAGAACCGGAAUGCUUUUAUGGCGCAGCUUACUGCGAUGGCAGCUCAUCUCCGCCACCCCAUGGAUGUAUCUCUGUAUGCUCUGUACUCGUGCCGAUCUGCAUUCGAGCAAGGGCCGCUGAUAGAGGAGGCCGUGCGCACUGCAUGUAUCUGGUAUAUCCAUGCGGGCCAGCGUGUGUGGGAGAAUUGUCAAACCGGACGGGAAUAUGGAGAUGAUGAUGAUCCGCCUCCACGCCGGCGCUUUAGUAUGGAUAAAUGGCGCAUUUGGAAAGACGGACUGAAGGCGGCACAGCUGGAGUUUCCCAGGGAAAGUACGCAGGAGAUGAUACGGACGGCGUUGGGAGAGAUGGAGAAAGCGGAGCGAGGAGAGUGAGGAUCCGGAGAAGGUGCUGGAAGAAGGUAUUCCGCUGGAUAUUAGCUCGGUAAUGAUACAAGGCUCGUCACGCCCUAAAU